AUGAUUUCGGCCCACACACGCUCUUUUCCUCUCCUGGCCGUCCUGAGCCUCUUGGUUGCAAGAGUUCUCGCACUUUCCAACUUGGAUACCGCAACAGGUUCACUCCAUUUACGAACCACGCCCGGCUCGAUCAAUACGACUACCGUUCCGGACAGCUGUGCAUGGCAAUGUUCCAUUCUUGGGACCAUCAGUAUGUGUGGCCAGAGCCAACUGGAGUGCCUCUGCUCUGUGUCGUAUCAAAAUAGGGUUUCUACAUGUAUAGAUUGUUAUAUUUCCGCCGACUCCCAGGGAGGAGACAAACUGAAUAAGUUGUAUCAAAUGUCGUGUGAAAACGCUUCGUCGGCGGCGGCGGCGGCGACUCAGAUCACAGCCGAAUUGGCUGUGGCCAGCUCAACCCAGUCUGCAACAUCGAAAUCCAAUGUAUCUUCGACCCUGAGGGCAUCGCCGGAUUCAGCACUUGUUUUUGUUGUGAUGACUAUUCUAUUUCAGUUCUAA